GUUUUUAAAAAAUCUAUCGCCUGUUAUCACAAAAUAAUGGACAACGGUUUCUCUUUGCUAAUUGCUGCCGCUGCGGCCUUGGAUACUAGCCAUGACCGACGUGAUUCAGAUGAUACAUUUCUGUUCAGAGAUGAACGGAAUGCAAUUUCCUUCCUUAAUGUGAUAACCUCAACACCAAAGAAGGAAAUAACAAAACCGGAACAUCCAUUACCACUGGAUAUGUCAUCAGCUAAUUUGAAAGAGGAACCACUGAAUCUAUCGUUGGUAGAAAAUCAACCAUUGGAUUUGGCAAUGUAUAGAACAGGAUUGCUGUCACGUAGUGUUGACACUAAUAAUAAUGUGCGCAAUGAAAGACGUCCGUUGAACUUAAUCAUUGGAAACCAUAAAGUCUGUACGCAAUCCAAAGAUACUUCCGUUAGAGUACCUUCCAAGGACGACUCCGGGAAAAGAUGUAUUUCUACUGCAGACCAUUCCGUUAUCCCCAAACGUGAGAAACAUACCAGAGUUUGCCCAUAUCCGUCACCAAUGUACAGACCGCCGGUGCAAUCCGGUUUGACAAGGUCAAAACAGUAUGCUAUCGACGAUAGGUUUGAAACUGAUUCACCGACGUCUAGAUUGCAUUUAACCACCGCAACCACCGGACCAAGAAAACCGCAAUUAUCUACCACCAGUCUGAUAUCCGGUUCACCGAAACCGACACCAAAACGUUUCGACGAGAGAUGCGAUAAUAUUGCCGAUAGUGACUCACUUACAAUGUCCGCCAUCUCUGGAAUCGGUGUAUUCGAAGAUACGACAGUCCAUGUCACUCCAACAGCACUAUCCGAUGACAAAUGUAUCCGUAGCUCUGACACUGACAAUAUUGCACAAAAUCUAUUCGUUGGAAGUCAAAACAAAGAUUCAUCAGUCAAAGAAACUCCAACAGCAACAGCGCUUUCUAGUACACAUGCACAUACUAGUAUAAGGGGCAAAGCAUUGAAAGACGUUGGCCAUUCUGCAGGCACUCUGAAUGAUGAAGAAGAUGAUGAUGCUCCUAUUGGGGACGCCACAUUUUUGGACAUGUUUUCAAUCGAGGAAUAUUUUGAACCAUACCAUAACCAUACGAUUGUGGGUCUUUACGAAGAUGAUGUUGAAAUCGACGUUGAUGACCAUUCUGGCGACGAUGAAAAUGGCAAAGAAAGCAACAUACAAAAUCGGGAAGAACGGCUGUCUCGAAUUGACAAAAGCGUGGAGAAAGGUACUGAUGUGGAUUACGACAUGGGAUUUCAAGAAAUUUCCCAGGAGGAAGUGCCGAAGCAAAGCAAUGCUUGUUGUAAUAAGGUGAACCAACUACGUAAAGUAAAAGGAUUGUCCUACAGACGGUCAAACGGAUCUACCGUUCCAGCUCGGAACAUAAAAGCACCGUGUAAAUGCGCAAUUUUGCAGUGCUAUGCGAAAUAUUCAAAGGACCUCCGAAAUUCACUGCUUUCGAACCUUCUGAAGCUCUCAAAAUCUGGCCAAAAUCAAUUUAUCUCGAAUCACAUCUCUUCAACUCCAGUGGCAUCUUCAACCGUCGUGAAUUCACGUCGCUCGUAUACUAGAAAAUAUUUCCUACCCGGGGUCGGAGGUAUGGUAAGAGUAUGCAAGACUAUGUUUCUCUCAACGCUUGAUAUCUGCGAGAAGAAAGCUCGCUGUCUUGCAGAGAAAAAGAUUAGGAACGAUGGCGUAGCUUUGGAUGAUCGGCGGUGCUUCAACACAUUCAGGAACCCCAUCUCAAAGGAACACAUGGCUUAUAUUAAGAAUCACAUCGAAUCAUUUCCUUCAUACUCAUCCCAUUAUGGCAGAGCGAAAUCUACUAAGAAGUUUCUGAGUAGUGAUUUAAAUAUCGCUAAGAUGUACGAUCUGUACGCUGAAAGAUGCGCUAAAGACAACAUCGAUCGUGCACCUGUGCAUUAUAAUAGUUAUCGUUUGAUUUUCAAAACGUAUAACUUAAGCUUUCGAAAGCCAAAGGUAGAUACCUGCGACACUUGCGACAAGUUCAAAGUGGAAUUGAGUGCAGCUACGAACGAGACCAUAAAAAAUGAGCUGUUGAAGAAGCGCGAAGAUCACCACCGGCGUGCCAAACUAGUAUAUGAUCGCAAAAGGCAAGAUGUGGAAAAUGCAAAGAAUGAUGAAGGAGUAUGUACCGUAAGCUUCGAUUUACAGAAGUGCUUACCCACUCCUCACUUAACGACGGGACGUGCGUACUAUAGCCGCCAGCUAUAUACAUAUAAUCUAACCGUUUUUGUAACACACCAUGGCAACAAUGCAGCCCAUUGCUAUCUCUGGGAUGAAACUAAAGGCCGUCGUGGGUCGCAAGAGAUUGGAUCGUGCGUGUAUAAUUUCAUAUUGUCCUUCCUGCAUACGUCAAACAAUCCUGUUCGGCGAUUGAAUUUAUACUCAGACAGAUGCAGUGGCCAAAACCAUAACUUUGUAAUGUGUAUGAUGCUGGCAUAUGUAUGUGAAAAGUUUGCCGCCCUCGAACAACAUAUGAUCAUCACUCACAACUUUAUGGUUUCUGGCCACUCGCACAUGGAGGUGGAUUCGAUCCAUAGUGCCAUAGAACGGGCGAAGAAAACUAAUACCAUGGACAUCGAAAUACCGCGGGAUUGGUCAAUCCUAAUAUCGCAAAUUAGGAGAAGAGUACCAAUCAAAGUGAUAGAAUUGGAUUCAAAAGACCUUCUGGCAAUCAAGGAUUUGAGUGCACGAUACAAACGGCCAAAGUUAAACGCUUCGGGUGAAUUAUUGAAUUUUCAACAAAUCAUGACAUUCGAAUACCGCACCGACACCAUAGGAAAAAUAUUCUAUAAAAUCGAUCCUAUGGUAGAUUCGUUCCUUUGCUUCCAAAUCGGGUGUGAAUCUAAUUUGAAUGGAACUCCGUUACCAGAUCUAGUUCCGAUAACCCUCGAACCUUUGGAGCUACCAUCAGCCAAACUGGAAGAUUUGAGAAGCUUGUUACCUUAUGUGAAGAACAAGCAGUAUUAUCAAGCGUUCUUGAAAACCAUCGUUGCUCCCAAGCGGGGUAGAAAAAAGAAGAAUCUGGAUCAAGAUUGUUUUGAGGGUGAUCUCUCUUUGGAAGAACUUUCGUGA